AUGCCAUCCACCGGCCGAUUUCAUGCCUGGAGCCCACGCAACCCCCGACGUGCAGAGCUGGUCCAAGAAGACGUCUGGGCUGGACACCGAAGCGACAUCACCCAGUGGUAUUCCGCUGGCCUGACGAAGAAGGAGAUUCUAGGGAAGUUAUCGAGUGAGAAAAACUUCUACCCGUUGAUGGGUCAGCUUGUUUCCUGUAUGCGCUCCUGGGGCCUUGAGGCCUCUAGAGGACUCGGCCAAACGAGCGAAGGGGACUGGUCUAUGGAUGACAUAUUCGAACAAGCUGAGGACUACCCAUCGAGUAAACCAACUGGAGGCUCCGUACCACAAACCACGUCGGUCUCUUCAACGCGGCUGCCAUACGGCCCUCACAAAUCCAAGAGUGCUCCCAUCUUGAGCCUGAUGAAGGUGGAUGCGAACUCGGAAGUACCACGCGUCUUAGACAAGCUUUGCUUGCCGCGGUCACAGAGCACGGCACUGCUUGGGCCAAAUACCAAGUCUCCUGCUGCUCUUUACGGGGCCUGGUUUGGUGCGCCAUGUCCAAUUAGAGCGGUCGACGCCUUCUUUGCAUAUUGCGGCAGCGCAGACGUAUAUCGCACACUGCCUCUUGGUCACGGUGACAUUGGGGUCGAUUACAAUCAAGUGUGGAAGCUGUUGUCUUUUAGCGAUUGCCUGGUGGCGGCAGGACUGUGUGACGAUGCUUUCGACAUUUAUUAUUCUUGCUUUCGAGGUACCAUUAUGUUCGACCCUGCGAGUGCUGACCAACACCAUGUCUCAUCGCUGAAACCGGACAGCUCUGCGUGGAUCAAACAACGAAUUGUGGCCCUCAUCAAGCAUGACAAAACGCUCCUGACCAUUUUGAUUUGUCUGGCAGGCUGCAUACGAAGCUCCACGACAUGUGUGCAUGUCACCUGUUCUGGCAGGAUACUCGCCGCAUUGAUCAUGGCGUUACGAGAAGAAGGCGGUUGCCAUCCCAUAUUUCUCCAGCUUCUCCUUCAUUACCAUUCGGAGCUGAAAAGAUUUCCCGACGAGGUCGCAGCGUGGUCGCUUGCAAGUGUUGACAGCGCCCCUCCCUGCCCCGCGGCUAUGAGCAAUGUCUUGACCGAAUUCCCGCCUUCAGUCAGGGACCGGGAAGCUUUGUUCUUCCUUGCCAAAGAGCAGCCCGAUCUCGAUUUUCCUGCCGACAACCUCCUGAUCGGGAUAGGCUGCGUGGACAUCGAACCCUGCAAAGUCGCCAGGCAAUUCGUGGCAAGUGCGUUUAUCAGAAACAGGACGGCGGAGAUGAUUGAGUGGUGUGCUGGUGUCCUCUUGAAGCGCCAGCGGUGGGUUGACAGGGAGAUUUUGCAUUUUCGGCGAGGACUGUGGAUCGACAACAGUCCUGUACGUGUAGUGGAACAAGUCAUCUUCUGGUGCCUGAUGGCCGAGAGAAUGUCAGCAACCGGAGACCAAGCAAUGACCGAUGCGCGCUUCGCUUCGUCGCAACAAUCCGUGUUUGGCCUACAUAUUCCAGAGGCAAUCGAUGCUCUCCUCGAGCUGGUUCUGGUGCAAGAAGACGUUGCGGAAUGCUUUGACGUCGUGCCCACCUCCGGCCAUACAGCGUUCAGUCCGGCUCGAUGGACCAACGAACGACUUUUGAAACUGACAUGCGCUGAUGGCGUCUCCCGGUUCGCCAGGCACUAUUACCGACGCAUCACUUCCAUCUGCAACAUGUGGCCAUCUGUGGCCGACACGGGUGCGAAGCAACUGGGAAUUGAAUAUGCGCAGACUCUGGUCGGCUCUGGAUAUUUCACCCAGGAGUCCCCGACUGCGACUGCGAGGAAUCCCGAUUUUCAAGAAGGAAGCACUUGGUCCUUGGGUGCCGCUCGGUAUAGAAUGAAGAAGCCGGAUCUCUGUCGUCAAGAUGGUCCAGACGUGGAGAGAUCGUUUAUUCUAGACCUCCACACUUCGACUUUUGAAUUGCCCGCAUGA